UGUACUCUUGAAGGUAUAAUGCUCUCAUAAUACUUAACUAUUAAGUUUGUAGAACAUAUAAUUACAGUUCUUUGUGGACAAAGCCGGAUGAAUACCGGCUCCAGCAGCAGCAGCGUGGUUGGAUACCCUCGGUGCAAGGAGGCCUGCCAGCUAUGACUUCUCUUUUUCUUUCGUCCUUUUUCUCCCUCCCAUCUUCAAGCUGCUCAGGACCUCGCAGUCACGAGGGGAGGAGGGAGAACUACAUUUCCCAGCUGACUCUCGUGCGCGCGCCCCAGUCCGCGCGCGGGGAGCGAGAGCACCAGGCGCUCGCUCCCUGCCGAGCGCUUCUUGCCCGCCGGAGCCUUUGCCAUGGGAUGAGGUGGGAGGCGCUAGAAACCACUUAGCUACAGCCAACCGCCCAAUGCAGCACUCUCUAGCUCCCCCCGCCAGCGGAAGCGCCCGCGGAACACAAUGCAGCACUGAGGCAGCGCCGCUGUGGAGGCUGCAGCCCCACGGCUGCCGCAGCACCGGCCGGGGCUGGGAGGGGGCGGCUCAGGCGAACCGGGGGGCGCCGGGCGAGGGAGCUGGACCAGCUGCCCGAGCAUGAGGAGCUGAGCGUCUUUAGCGCGGCGGACUGACAGCAGCACCAUGCAAGCAGCGGCGGCUGCGUCGGUGCCCUUCUUGCUGCUCUGCGCCCUGGGGACCUGCCCUUCGGCGCGCUGCGGCCGGGCAGAAGACGCCUCGUUGACGGAGGUGGAGAGGAGGAACGAAAACCGCUUCCUAGAGCGCCAGAGCAUCGUGCCGCUCCGACUCAUCUACCGCUCGGGCGGCGAAGACCAGACAGGGCACGACGCGCUCGACACGCGAGUGCGGGGUGACCCCCGCAGCGGACAGUUGACUCAUGUGGAUCAGGCAAGCUUCCAGGUUGAUGUCUUUGGAACAUCUUUUAUUCUCGAUGUCGUGCUAAACCAUGAUUUACUGUCCUCUGAAUACAUAGAGAGACACAUUGAACAUGGAGGGAAGACUGUGGAAGUGAAAGGAGGAGAACACUGUUACUACCAGGGCCAUAUCCGAGGAAACCUUGCCUCCUUUGUUGCACUGUCAACAUGCCACGGACUUCAUGGGAUGUUCUAUGAUGGGAACCACACCUAUCUCAUUGAGCCAGAAGAAAAUGACACCUCCCAAGAGGAUUUCCAUUUUCAUUCGGUUUACAAAUCCAGACUGUUUGAAUUUCCAUUGGCUGAUCUUCCAUCUGAAUUCCAGCAAGUAAACAUCACUCCACCAAAAUUUAUUUUGAAGUCAAGACCAAAAAGGAGUAAACGGCAGCUUCGUCGACAUCCUCGUAACAUAGAGGAGGAAACCAAAUACAUUGAACUGAUGAUUGUGAAUGAUCAUCUGAUGUUUAAAAAGCAUCGACUUUCAGUUGUACAUACCAACACAUAUGCAAAAUCUGUGGUGAACAUGGCAGAUUUAAUAUAUAAAGACCAACUUAAGACAAGGAUAGUAUUGGUUGCCAUGGAAACCUGGGCGGCUGACAACAAGUUUGCCAUAUCUGAAAAUCCAUUGAUCACCCUACGUGAGUUUAUGAAAUACAGGAGGGAUUUUAUCAAAGAGAAAAGUGAUGCAGUUCACCUUUUUUCGGGAAGUCAAUUUGAGAGUAGCCGGAGCGGGGCAGCUUAUAUUGGUGGGAUUUGCUCGUUGCUGAAAGGAGGAGGCGUGAAUGAAUUUGGGAAAACUGAUUUAAUGGCAGUUACACUUGCUCAGUCAUUAGCGCAUAAUAUUGGUAUUAUCUCAGACAAAAGAAAGUUAGCAAGCGGCGAGUGUAAAUGUGAGGACACGUGGUCUGGAUGCAUAAUGGGAGACACGGGUUAUUAUCUUCCUAAGAAAUUCACCCAGUGUAAUAUUGAAGAGUACCACGACUUCCUAAAUAAUGGAGGGGGUGCCUGCCUUUUCAACAAACCUUCUAAGCUUCUUGAUCCUCCUGAGUGUGGCAAUGGCUUCAUUGAAAGUGGAGAGGAGUGUGACUGUGGGACCCCAGCAGAAUGUAUCCUUGAAGGAGCAGAGUGUUGUAAGAAAUGCACUUUGACGCAAGACUCUCAAUGCAGUGAUGGCCUUUGUUGUAAAAAGUGCAAGUUUCAGCCUAUGGGGACUGUGUGCCGAGAAGCAGUAAAUGAUUGUGAUAUUCAUGAAACAUGCUCAGGAAAUUCAAGCCAGUGUGCCCCAAAUAUUCAUAAAAUGGAUGGUUAUUCAUGUGAUGGUGUUCAGGGAAUUUGCUUUGGAGGAAGAUGUAAAACCAGGGAUAGACAAUGCAAAUACAUCUGGGGGCAAAAGGUGAUGGCAUCAGACAAAUACUGUUAUGAGAAACUGAAUAUCGAAGGGACCGAAAAGGGUAACUGUGGGAAGGACAAAGACACAUGGAUACAGUGCAACAAACGGGAUGUGCUUUGUGGUUACCUUUUGUGUGCCAAUAUUGGUAAUAUCCCAAGGCUGGGAGAACUCGAUGGUGAAAUCACAUCUACUUUAGUUGUGCAGCAGGGAAGAACAUUAAACUGCAGUGGUGGACAUGUUAAGCUUGAAGAAGAUGUAGAUCUUGGCUAUGUGGAAGAUGGAACACCUUGUGGUCCCAAAAUGAUGUGCUUAGAACAUAGGUGUCUUCCUGUGGCUUCUUUCAACUUUAGUACGUGCUUAAGCAAUAAAGAAGGCACUGUUUGUUCAGGAAAUGGAGUUUGUAGUAAUGAGCUGAGGUGUGUGUGUAAUAGACACUGGAUCGGUGCAGACUGCAGCACUUACUUCCCUCACAACGAUGAUGCAAAGACUGGUAUAACUCUGUCUGGCAAUGGUGUUGCUGGUACCAAUAUCAUAAUAGGCAUAAUUGCUGGCACCAUUUUAGUGCUGGCCCUCAUAUUAGGAAUAACUGCAUGGGGUUAUAAAAACUAUCGAGAACAGAGACAGUUACCCCAGGGAGAUUAUGUAAAAAAGCCUGGAGAUGGUGACUCUUUUUAUAGCGACAUUCCUCCUGGAGUCAGCACAAACUCAGCAUCUAGUUCUAAGAAGAGGUCUGCUUUUCUGUCGCAUUUUCAGAUUUCUACCUGUUCCAUCACACAUUAUUCCAUUAGUCAGAACAUUUCAUUAUUUUGCAGCAGGUCUAAUGGACUCUCUCAUUCUUGGAGUGAAAGGAUCCCAGACACAAAACAUAUUUCAGACAUCUGUGAAAAUGGGAGACCUCGAAGUAACUCCUGGCAAGGUAACCUGGGAGGCAACAGAAAGAAAAUCAGAGGCAAAAGAUUUAGACCUCGGUCUAAUUCAACUGAGUAUUUAAAUCCAUGGUUCAAAAGAGACUAUAAUGUAGCUAAGUGGGUAGAAGAUGUGAAUAAAAACACUGAAGGACCAUACUUUAGGACUUUAUCUCCUGCCAAGUCUCCUUCUUCAUCAACUGGGUCUAUUGCUUCCAGCAGAAAAUACCCCUACCCAAUGCCUCCACUUCCCGACGAGGAGAAGAAAGUGAACCGACAAAGUGCCAGGCUAUGGGAGACAUCCAUUUAAGAUCAACUGUUUACAUGUGAUACAUCGAAACUGUUUACUUCAACUUUUAUAGAAACCCACCCUCACGGAAUCACUGCAAAUCUAUCUGCUCUUCAGUCGAUACAAAAACUCUCUGAAAUGUCACAGAGGAGAGGAAGCUGAAUCUCACAUCUGGAUACCAUUUUCUUUUUGUCAUUGGCUUAGGAUUUAACUGAACCAUGAAAAGAACUACUGAAAUGUUACACUAUAACAUGGAACAGUAAAGGUACUGGUAUGUUAAUGGAUAACCCGCAUGACAGAUAUAUGUAGAAAUACCACUUAAAUUAACUCACAUGACCCAAAUGUAGCAAGUUUCCUAAGGGACAGUAGUAGAUUCAGAACCUGACGUUCUGAAGCACAUCUUCAUUGUAGACAGUAAUGCUAUGUGCAUGAAGCUUCUGUUUAUUAUUUUCCACAUUUAAGGAAAAAACAUCCCAUAAUAGCAACUAGCAUGCAGGGCUAAGACAUAUAGGAUUUUUCUGCAGGACUUUAAAGCUUUGAGAGGCCAAUAUCCCCUAUGCCAACUUCAAACAUGUAUUUUUAUUUUUGUUUUGUUUUUUACUUUUCAUAUUUAUAUCAGCACACAAGGACAAUUGUACAUAUGUAAACAUUUUUAAAAUAAAAGAAGCAGCUAUUACAGUGUAUUUUGCCAAAUGCCUAAAAACAAUCAGUCACAGUCACAUCAUUGUCAUCCAUCAAAUGGUCUUUAAAGAUUAUAAGCAGAAGAUGUUGUAAAUAUAGUAGUCAAUGCUGUAAAUGUGUCUCUCCAUAAUUGGUAUUUGUCUAAAACGCGACAUCCCUUUAAACUGCGCAUACUCUGGAGGCAGUUUUAUCAAAUAAUUAAUUAAACAAGAGAACGCACGCCCAGCAAAACUUGUGACCUCCACAGCUUGCUGGGGUAGGAGUCCAGUAUUGGUUCUGCUGUCCUGCCUGCAGGCACUUUGCUGCUGAUUGCUGCUCCUUGGGAGUCCCCCAGCCUGUCUGCUUUCCUUCUAGGGCUGCAGUGGGUAUCUCAGCAGCUGUUAUCUUUCAGUACCAGAGCACAUCUGUUAGUCUCACCCUGCAGAUCUGCGAGG